AUGGAGCCUUACAGUCAAUAUCUACUUACCUAGGUACCUGCUCUACUCUACUACAUCAUCAUAGUCUUCGAACUAGGCCUUCGGUCCCCGACAGAUCGGGUUCCUACCUACAUACCUACCGAGUAGUCAGCUGCCUAAGAUAUUAGUACUGGAUAUAAUGGAUUCCAGCUCCUCCGCCAGGAUUCUUAGGCACUUAGGUUAUGAUACCACCUGGCAGGGACCUAGUCCAAGUAUUCCUCGUCUCCCCCAGCAGCUGCCAGGAAUAUGCGCUACUCCGUUUGGAGACAUAAUGGCACGAGAUUGCGAUUUCGCGGCAAGUCAUUCAUUCGUGUGGGGUUUUCUUGACUACUAGUUGCGCACUACUGUCGUUUUUCGGGCUCUACUUUCCAUAAAUCAUCAUGUCUCUUCCAAACGGUGUAUACCGCGCCGAUCAGGUCGGUUCUUUCCUUCGGCCAAGCCAGCUUCUCGAAGCACGCCAGCAGGCUGCUGAAGGAAAGUUAACGCCCACAGAACUAAGAGAGCUAGAAGACAAGUACGUUGCCGAUGUCGUCAAGAAGCAGCUCGACGCCGGAAUACGAUCCAUCACAGAUGGGGAGUUCAGACGACAAUGGUUCCAUGUCGAUUUCCUUCGACAUCUCUAUGGAGUAGAGUAUCAGGGCGCCCUGCAAUCGACCAAUAUUAGUGUUGGAGGAACCAUGCCCCCGCGUCUAGUGGUUGUGGACAAGAUCGCUCACAACAAGCCUAUCCAAGUGGACGACUUCAAAUACCUCGAGUCCCAGAUUGCGGCUGCCGGCGCUAAGGCUACAACCAAGGUCUGCAUCCCUUCCCCAACUAUGGUUCAUUUCCGCAAUAGUCGUGAGACCAUUGAUGAGAAGGCCUACCCGACUUUGGACCCCUUCUUCGAAGACCUUGCGCGUGUAUACCAGGAAGAAUUGGCCGACCUCUACGCAGCUGGCGCGCGCUUUGUCCAACUCGAUGAUACCAACCUAGCGUAUCUUUGCGAUCCCAAGAUGCGCGCCGAGGCUGAGGAGCGACAUGGCGACGCUAACGUUCUUGCGCGCCAAUAUGCCGCGCUCAUCAACGCAGCCAUCUCGAAGCGACCCGCAGAUCUCGCCAUCGGAAUCCACUUGUGCCGUGGCAACCACCGUUCGCAGUGGUUCGCACAGGGCGGCUACGAGCCCGUAGCCGAGGUCAUGUUCAAGGAACUCAAUGUAGACGCCUACUUCCUCGAGUACGAUGAUGCCCGCUCCGGUGACUUCUCGCCGCUCCGCCACCUGCCCGAGAACAAGGUCGUCGUACUCGGCGUCAUGACCAGCAAGAAGCCCGAUCUGGAGGAGAAGGCUGAUAUCAUCAACCGCCUAAAAGAGGCCGCCUCCUUCUGCCCCAAGGGCCUCAAGCAACUCUGCCUUAGCCACCAAUGUGGAUUCAGCUCCACCUCCGAGGGCAACGAUCUUACCGAAGAUGAGCAGUGGGCUAAGGUCAAACUCAUGGUCGAAAUCGCGAAGGACGUUUGGGGUGAAGAUUUGUCUGUUUAGUUAGACAUUCUACCCAGACAUUUAUACAUGCGCAGUAUUCGAUACAAGAGAGAAAAUAAAGAAAAUAAAGAAGGAAUUGAACACUAGUGGGCUAGUCUACCAAAGUCAGGUAGUUAGUAGAUGACAACCAACUAAACAACACCUACCUACCCAGAAGGCGGCUCAACACCGCAUGAGACAUAUUAAGUACAUAUGUACCUACCUAGGUACCUAGUACAGAAGCAUAAGCUACCAACCUAGGUACUAUAUCAUACAACGGAUGAGGAAAUGGAGUCAAAGAACUAGGUUACUAUGUAGAGAAGGAGGGUAACCAGAAAAAAAAAAACCUUGGGUUGUAUGUGAAAAGGGGGGCUUACCUACUUGCCUACUAUGUCUAUACCUAGUACACCAACCGAAAUGAAAAAAUAUGAAGUAAUGAAGUAACGAAAGAAUGAGAGGAGAGCUACCUAGUCAACUAGUUAACUAGUUAACUAGUUAGGUAUGUAUCAAC